AUGAUAAAAUUCGAUCUUGGAUAUUACCUACAUCAUAAGGUAUCCCAUAAUUGUGCUAAUUCUAUAUUAAAAAUUAUGAAAUCUGAAGGUUUACAAGUUCCAAGUGAUGAGCGUACCUUGAUAAAAACACCUCAGUCUCAUGAAAUUGUUAAUAUGGAUAAUGGUUCAUACAUUCACUUUGGAUUAAAACAAAUAUUAACUCCAAUUUUAAAAAAGGAUUUUAAUAAAAUAGACUUUAAUAAUGUUUUAAAAUUAGGAAUAAAUAUAGAUGGCCUGCCAAUUUCAAAAAGUUCUAAAAAUCAGCUAUGGCCAAUAUUGUUAUCAAUAAUUAAUUGUAGUGAAUUAUCUAAUUUUGUAAUUCCAAUAGGGAUAUUUCAAGGAUUAACAAAACCAUCGUCAGUUACUGAAUACUUCCAUCCUUUUUUAUUGGAUAUUUCAAUAUUGUUAGAUAGUGGGCUUUGUGUAAAUGAUAAAAUAUUUAAAUUUGAGAUAGGUCAUAUUGUUUGUGAUUCUCAAGCUAAGGCAUUUUUAUUAAAUGUAAAAGGGCAUAAUGGUUAUUUUGGUUGUUCGUCAUGUACACAAGAGGGCAGGUAUUUACAAAACAGAAUGACAUAUUAUCCUGAUAUAGAUGCUCCAUUAAGAUCUAAUGAAAGUUUCCUUAAUAAGGUAAAUGAAGAAUAUCAUAAAGGCGAUAGUCCGUUGGAAUUAUUACCCAUUAAUAUUGUGAACAACGUAUGUUUAGAUUACAUGCAUAAUAUAUGCCUUGGAAUCACUAAGAGACUUGUUGAGUUUUGA